UACAUUCAUACAUACAAAAACCAGAUAAAACCCUAGCUAAACCCACCCCUGCACGUAUUUGAUUAAUGCAAACUGUGUUCUAGGGAUUACUCCUAGCCAUAAAGAAUUUCAGCGCCUUGUGGGAUCAACCAAGUAAGUAGCCAAAACGGGUCUUCCUCUGUGGAUGCUUGGGUGGGGUGUGGAUCGGUUACGAGCCGAUAUGAGCCGUUUGCUGGCAAUACUAUUCCACCAGGGAGUGCUAGAUGAGCAAUUCUUGCAGCUCCAGCAGCUUCAAGAUGAAAGCUCCCCAAAUUUCGUAUCUGAAGUUGUCACCAUCUACUUCCAUGAGUCCGAGAAACUUCUACGUAAUCUGAGGGGCCUCUUGUUGGAUAGAGAGUUCUCUGACUACAAGAAAAUGGGAAUCCAUUUGAAUCAGUUCAUGGGAAGCAGCUCCAGUAUUGGUGCCAAAAGAGUCAGAAAUGUGUGCGUUGCCUUUCGCGCCGCUUCUGAACAAAACAACCGUGCUGGGUGCUUGCGAGCUUUGGAGUUGCUGGAGCACGAGUACUGCUACCUCAAGAACAAGUUGCACGAACUGUUCCAAAUGGAACAGCAGAGAGUACUGGCAGCUGGUGUCAGGUACCCACUGCAUCAGCAGCAUUAAAGCGAAGACGAUGACUUUUGGUUUCAAUCAAGCUUGUCCACCAGAACCAUUCCUAAUGCUGAUGCUACUUAUAUAUAUAGGGAAAGAAAAUCGAAGGGGCUAUAGCCACUGUUACUUGUCUUUAAUGUUUUUUUUUUUUUUUUUCCUUCUUUUCAAAUUUGAAUCUGUUUUGGUUGGAUGGAUGUUUGACAGCACAAGAAAUGGAGUUGAAGUUGCAGUUUUAGCUCUGAUAUCAAA